AUGGGGUUAAAUUUCCUGGGAAAGACUUGGUCGACCAACUUCAUUUUUGCAUCUGUACUCCAGACAGUGACAGCUGAAUGCCCUGAAGCCAUUCCUGAGCUGGUUGAGCAGUAUGCAGCUGAUGUGCGAAUGCUGUUGUAUACUGGAAUUUUUUCCAGGGAUGGUCAGACGCAUGUGACCUUUGCCCACAUCGGGACGAAGGGUGACCUCCCGGCCCUCGUUCGGCUGGGCUCGUUGAAGCGGUCCUUUUACAACGUUCCAAGAGGACCAUCCUCGAAGAAAGCAUGUCAGGGAAUCUGUCAUCUUUGUCUUGCGGGCCGCGAAGGACAAGAUGCGCUGCCCUUUGAGGAUGUUGGGCCAGGGGCUGGAUGGGUGGCUACUAUAGCCCAAUCCAUUCCCUGGAACAAUACACCAGCGAUUUUGGCAGGGCUGCCCUUGAGUGCGGAGGACCAGAUCAAAUUCUUCAACACAGACUUGUGGCACAAUGCGCAUCUUGGAGUUGUCAAGCACUUCACAGCAUCGGCUUAUGUUGCAAUAGUGGAAUCGGACCUGGGUUCCCUUCCAGCUGGCAGUGUGGAAACCAAGUUUCGUUGGAUCUCCAAUAUCUACAAGGCUUACUUCCGUUCAAUGAGGGCUGGUGCAGCCCGAGCUUUGAAUGUGGCACUGGCUGCAAUGUAUGGGUCAGGAUUUUGGAUCCGAAGGGAGAAAGGUUUGCGAUUGGCGAACUUGAUUUUCAGAUUCCUGGCUCUUUAUGCCACCUGUGCCCACCUGCCGGGUGCGAUUGCCAGGCCGAUCUGCCAGUGUUGGGUGCAGCGUUUGGGUGCAGCGUUUGUGUUCUACGACGUGCGUGAUGCAGCCGCAUAUCGGGAGACCAUGGUCUUUGAAGAAAACGGUAGCGCUGUGGACCCGAUAAUUGAAAGCAGUGAGCAGCUGCACAACGAAUGGGUUGAGCCUGGGGUACCUUCGCCUCCGGCAGAUUGGAGCGCCGCUCCGGCCGGUGUGGCUCAUGGGCGCGGCCUAGUGGCGGCCAGCGGCUGGUGGCCAGGUGGGCCUGGUUGGAAGAAGGAAGAUGGCAUCAUGAGCAGCAUUGCGGAAGGGGAUGAGAACUCAGAGAUGGACACUUUUCAAGCAAUUCCUGGCACCUACUCCAUCUUGCUGCAAGGCAUCCCGAUGGAGCUUCUGAACAAGACCUGCGUGGAUGCGAUCCUGGAGCAGGCUGGCCUUGCGAAUGACGUGCUCAAUUGCACAGUGAAAGGUCGGGGCAUUGGUUUGUGUGUGCUGGUGAUCAUGGGUCAGGAAGGUGUGUGCCGCUGCUUGAACCACUUUGCAGGAUGUCGUUGGGGCGUUCGUGCCACACUCAUCAGUGGAGACAUGCCGGCGACCAACAGCUUCCCCUUGGCCGAGGAGGCAAGGCGGGAUGGCUACGACAAAGCUGAUUGGACCACAAGUGAGUACAACCCUGCCAGAGACUUUUGGUUGGCUGACGACAAGGCAGUAAAUGCAGUACUUCCCCGAGUGCCGAAGACCCUCACAACAGAGGGCAUGCUGACGCACGUGGCGAAGCCCACUUCGGAAGCCAGCACAGACGUCCUCAGCGAAUCGGACGAGGAAAACAGCAAGUUGCAGGCGUGGCAAGCAAGGUGUGGUAGGAUUAUUCUAGAUAUUUCUAAAAUUUAG